AUGCCUCGCGACCUCAUCGUGAUCCCAAAUGGCAAGAAUAGCCAGGUGGCUGUACUCGCUGCAUGUGGAGUAGCCCUUGCCGUCCUACUGUUUGGAUGCGGCAUCUGGAGGGCCAUCAGAAACCACGCGGCUCGCCGGACACUUGGUGCUCACCGAUCCUUGACUGCUUCGCCAACUGUGCCGAAGGCUGUGCUGAGUGCUUUACCGAAUGCUGCACCGGCUGUUGCACCGACUUCUCCACGAGUCUUUGUGCUAUCUACUGCACCGAAUGCUGCAACGGUUGCUGUAAUGACUGCUGCACUGGCUGCAACUGCAGUGUCUGAACCCUGCCGCCUAAACAUCGACUGCAGACUAUGA